UCAGCACAGUGAGUGUAGUAGCAGUUUACGUAUUGAUGUUAGCGAGCUAGCCUAGUAAAAUACAGUCCAGACAUAGAAAGACAUUUGUCGUAAAGCAGUAUAUUUGUAGAGCUAUUACAUUGGGAAACGGUAGAGUUUAUAUUCGUUGCAGAGAAUACGUUUAACACAAUGGACUUCACUUGGAUUGUUUUACUUUCUCGAAGUUCCUACGAUUGAAGGAGUAAUGACAAUGACAGUUCCCUUGCCUGUGAGAGGAGGCUACACUGGAAUACAGCUGUUCUGUGACCAAAACAAGGGACCUUGAAGAACCACAGCCUGUGUGACAGAGGACUUGCAUUGUGGAGUUUUUGGGGAGAGUAGGAGGCAGUACACUUGGGUAAAGAAACACUAAGGCAAGGUGGAGAUGUUUGCCAAACUGAAAAAGAAGAUUGCUGAGGAGGCAGCCACAGCCCCCCGGACCGGAGUCCGCAUGCUUCGCUCCUACAGCAAAGAGUCCAUUACGUCAGUGGGGGCAGACUCGGGGGAUGAUUUUGCCUCUGAUGGCAGUAGCUCCAGGGACGACCUCUCCUCCCAGAUCCUCAGAAGGAAUGAUCAGAUUCGCAAGCUGGAGGCCAAACUAUCAGACUACGCUGAGCAGCUCCGACUUAUGCAGAAGACCAAGGACAAGCUUGAAAUUGCAUUAGAAAAACAUCAGGAUUCCUCCAUGAGGAAACUGCAGGACCAGAAUGAGACUCACCAGGCCAAUAGAGCCAAAAUGGCCGAAGGCAUGGCUUUGGCACUGGACAAGAAGGAUCAGGAAUGGAUGGAAAGGAUAUCUACGCUGGAGCAGGAGAAAGCGUCUCUGUCUGUGAGGCUAGAUGAUAUGAUGGAGCAGAGCCUUACUCUGUUCCAGAAGAGGGAUGACCUGGACGAGCUGGAGGGCUUCCAGCAGCAGGAGCUCGCCAAAGUCAAACACAUGUUACUGAGCAAGGAGGAGCAGCUGGUCCAGCGGGAGCGAGUGCUCCACCAGAAGGGUGCCGAGCUGCAGAUGGCCAAGAAGGGUCUGGCCGAAGCCCAGGAGCAGCUGCGGGCUCUGGGAGAGGAGCAUCAGGAAAGUUGCAGGCUCAACACGGAGCUGGAGAUGGAGAGAGAGGAGCUGCUGGAGGUCAGGGAGGAGGCUGAGAAGAAGAUUAGUGAGCUGGAGGGCAGAGGACAGAACCUGCAGAAGGUCAUCCAACAGGUAUCUGAGGACUUCCAGAAGUCGCAGAGCAGGGCAGCAGCUGUAGAGAAGUCUCUCCGUACGUUACAAAUAGAGAACAAUGCCCUGAAGCUGGAGCAACACAAAGCUGCAGUGACUGAUGAGGACAAGGAGCGUGUGCUGCUGGACCUGCAGGAGAAGAACUCCUCUCUGGAGAGACGUCUGCAUGGUAACCUGAGUGAAGACGAGCUCCUCCAGGAGCUGCUCAAAGAGAAGUCCACUCUGGAGCAGAGGCUGGAGGACACGAGAGUUGAGCUGCUGGAGGCACGCACCAACCAUGCAGACACGGUUAGCUCUUUGGAGACUCAGAUAUCCAGACUCAACAACAACGUGACUGAACUACAGACCCUGCUACGACACAAAGACGACUCCUCCAAGAACUACAGAGAGAGAACGGACGCACAGAUAGCAGGUCUGGAACAGCAGGUGCAGGAGAGCAAUGAGAGGCUCAAGAACACUGAGCAGCAGAUCUCUGACAAACAAGCACAUCUAGACAAACUGGCAGAGUGGAGUGUGGAGAGGGACAGUCUGCAGCAGCAGGUGUCUGCAGAGCGGCAACAGGGCCAGGAGAGGGCAGGUCGGCUGGAGGAGCAGCUCACUGCACUGCAGACAGAGAGAGACACCGAACACACCUCUGCCCAAGCCAGGAUUAGUGAGUUGGAGCAAGAGAGAGCGUCUCUGCUGAGGGGGAGGGAUAAAGCUGACGUGGCUCUGAGGAGGCAGGCAGAGGAGCUGGAGCAGGCCAGGUCAGAGCUGAGCAGCAGGCAGACAGUGAGUGUGGAGAUAGCCAUGGCUCUGGAGGACACCAGGAGACAGAAGGAGGAGCUCCAACUACAGGUAGUAGAGAUGAUGGCGUCACUUCAAACAACAUCGCAGGAACUGGCCCACGUCACUGAGCAGCUGAAGCGGAAAGAAGAGGAUCUCCAAACACUUCGCAAUGAGCUGCAGAGCGCCCAGAGCUCCCUGUCCCAGCUGCAAGAGGAGGGGCUGCAGGCAGCAGCCCAGGAGAGACAGGAGGAGAAGGACAGCCAGCUGGUCAGCUUGAGGCAGGAGCUCCUAACCCAGAACGAGCAGUUGGACUCCUGCCAGUUACGGGUAUCAGAGCUGGAGGUAGAGGUAGAGACUCUGACGUUGCAGCAGACUCCAGAGCUGUGUGAACUGGACCAGAAUGGGACUGUGACGGUGGAUGACCUGGACCACAUGCAGAAGGCCAACCGAGACCUGGAGCAGCAGCUCAGUGACAAGAACAAGACCAUUAAGCAGCUGCAGCAGAGGCUAGCAGAGCUAAAGAGGACCUUGCAGAAGGAGCUGAAGCUGAAACCUGAAACAGAGUCCGAUGGGAAAGAGAGGGCCCAAGAAGGGAGAGGAGAGAGGCAAGAGAGGCCAGACAGAAUCUUUACAGAGCCCGCUCCAGGCCCGGCCCCGGGCCCAAACACCACUGUCACCAACACAUCUGAUCUCAAUGACUCACGAGAGAUCAACUUUGAGUACCUCAAACACGUGGUGCUAAAAUUCAUGUCAUCCAGAGAGGCUGAGGCCUAUCAGCUGAUCAGAGCAGUGUCUGUGUUGCUGAACUUCACUGGUGAGGAAGAGGACAUGUUGAAGCAGACUCUGGAGUACAAGAUGUCCUGGUUUGGAUCCAAGCCUUCUCCGAAAGGUAUUGUCCGGCCAUCAGUUUCAGGGGCACCUGCUCACUGGAGCUGAGGGGACCAAGAGAGGAAGAGGGGACAGACACACAAACAUUACUUUUAUCAUGUGUUUGCAUGACUUCUCCCACCACUGUGGCAACCAAAUGAACAUUGUAAAGAGGACACAACCCAAGCUUUAAAAUGGUUUCUGACAUGACACAGAUUCCUAUGUACUGUAGCUCCUCAAUCACUCCUGAGAAUUAUUUUUUCUUCAUCUUCAAGAGAAAAGAGAAUGGCUCUACAAUGACUUAGAGGGGCAAAGUCUUGUUAAUAUGGUCUGUUUUUGUUUGGUUUUUUUUUUAUUUUAUUUACAAGUAAAAUGUUAACCUUAAGAGAAACGCUCCUCCCUCCCCUUGGAAUGAGUUUAACAUUAGAUCUAGCUCUGUCAUGGACACAGUACAAGUACACUACAUUACCAAAAGUAUGUGGACAUCUGCUUGUCGAACAUCUCAUUCCAAAUUCAUGGGCAUUAAUAUGGAGUUGGUCCCACCUUUGCUGCUAUAACAGCCUCUACUCUUCUGGGAAGGCUUUCCACUAGACGUUGGAACAUUGACGCCGGGGACUUGCUUACAUUCAGCUAAAAAAACAUUAGUGAAGUCGGGCACAGAUGUUGGGUGAUUAGGCCAGGCUCGCAGUCGGCGUUCCAAUUCAUACCAAAGGUGUUUGAUGGGGUUGAGGUCAGGGCUCUGUGCAGGCCAGUCAAGUUCUUCCACACCGAUCUCAACAAACCAGUUCUGUAUGAACCUCAUCUUGGGCACGUGGGCAUUGUCAUGCUGAAACAGGAAAGGGCCUUUUCCAAAUUGUUGCCACAAAGUUGGAAGCACAGAAUCGUCUAGAAUGUAAUUGUAUGCUGUAGC